AUGGCUCUUGAAACAUGGUUGGUCAAGGUAAAGAAGACGAUCUCGAGCAGUUUCGACACAGUUCGUAGCGCCACAGUACCAAAAGCUGCAGCAAAACCUGCACUAGUGAUCAAGAAAUCAAGCGUCGGGGUUUUAGCAUUUGAGAUCGCUGGCUUUAUGGCGAAGCUUCUCCAUCUAUGGCAAUCUCUAUCAGACAAGAGCAUCACUCGUCUUCGCAACGAAUCAAUAUCUCUAGAAGGAGUUCGCAAGAUCGUCUCCAAUGACGAAGAUUUUCUACUAGGCCUAGCAUGCGCAGAGAUGGUGGAAAAUCUCAGGCUAGUUGCAAAGUCGGUUUCAAGAUUGAGUAAGAAAUGUGAGGACUCAAAUCUCCGGUCCUUCGAUCGAUGCCUCCAGGAGUUCUCCAACACGGGGCGGGAUCCUCAUCACUGGGUUUUAAGCUGGAAGGAAAUGGAAGCCAAGAUCAAGAAAAUGGAUCACUUCGUUACCAUCACGGCCACGCUUCAUCGGGAGAUGGACGAGCUUUUGGUGGUUGAGAACAGUUUGAGGAAAUCUCAGUUACUGCAAUCCAACAAGGAGCGCGACCUGGGCACGCUUACAUUCAAAGAACAAAAGAUCACUGAGCUGCAACAGAAGCUUCUCUGGCAAAGGCAAGAAGUCAAGUACCUGAAAGAAAGAUCUUUAUGGGGUCGGAGUUUCGACACGGCCACAUUAUUGCUAGCAAAGUCAAUAUUCACCAUUCUCGCUAGAAUAAAGCUUGUUUUUGGCAUUGCUAAUACCAGUCACGGACAUCCAAUUUCUCUACCUCGGAGUCUCUCAGCUUCGGCUACUGUCUACCCUUCUGAACAUUCCAACACGUGCAAUUUUGUGUCCGGGCCAUUGAUGAAAAACCCGAAAUCGGAAGAUGAUCACCACCAAAAAGGUGCCACCACUAAUCCGGACAUUGAUCACGGCUUCUUUGAGGUAAACUCCAAGCCAAUGAAACCGCCUUCCAGUACACUAGGCGCGGCUGCUCUUUCCUUACACUACGCGAAUUUGAUCAUUGUCAUAGAGAAGAUGAUUAGGUCACCCCAGUUGGUGGGUAUUGAUGCCAGAGAUGAUUUAUAUUCCUUGCUGCCGAUCAGUAUUCGUUCGUCGUUGAGGGCAAGACUGAAAGGGGUAGGAUUUUCGGCUAGCGAUCCAUUUCUUGCUGGAGAAUGGAGGGACGCUUUGCAUAAGAUAUUGGGUUGGCUAUCACCAUUAGCACAUAACAUGAUCAAGUGGCAAAGUGAAAGGAGCUUUGAACAGCAAAAUUUGUCGCCCAAGACAAAUGUUCUUCUGCUGCAAACGUUGUAUUUCGCGAAUCAAGAGAAGACCGAGGCGGCCAUAACGGAGCUGCUAGUUGGGUUGAAUUACAUUUGGAGGUUUGAAAGGGAAAUGAACGCUAAGGCCUUGUUUGAGUGCACCACCAACUUCAACGGUUUCUUGAACUCGCAGAAUAAAAUUUCUUCUGAUUAG